AUGCCACCCCCGUCGAGGCGCCUUCUGAUCUUCCAGGAGGCGCGUAAUCCGCAAAGUCCGUCCGAGAUUGUGUAUCUACCUGUCAAUAAACUGGGGCUACCCAUUUGCGGUGAUGGUCCGGAAAUGCCUUCCAUGUUGGAGCUGCCGUUGCGGAUCCUGAAAGCGUUUACGGAUAUUUUCAAUCAGCCGAAGUAUAAGGGGUGGGCGUUGGUAGGUGCUGGGCCGUACCACGAUACUUCUGUAGAAGGGAAGUAUUAUGUUGUGGUGCUCGAGCAGGUUCAGGAGGUCACGGCGCCCAAGCUAUUAUAUCUUUUCGAGAAAGACAAUGACCGAUAUUGGUUGUCGGAUGCUACGGGUCUCCCGAUAGCAGAUGGCUGUCCUCUGCUCGAUCUGACAGAUAAAGAAUUAGUUUAUGAGACAGAGCUACUGAUGAUGGUCACUAGUGCCAUGGAAGCGAAGUUGAUGCCCACAAAUUACAACUACCUUGCUAGCUAUAAGAUAGCUGAAACCUACUAUGUGUUGCUUGAGGAACGCCUUGAUGGAGGACGAUUUCCGGCUAUAUCACCCUCAUCUAACUCAGCGACUCUCGAGGAUGGCGAUUCCGUAGGUUCUGACGAUGAAACGCCCACAGCACGUUAUCCACCAACCUACGGUCUCUCGGACGGUGAGGAUAAAGAUUGUGCCGCUAGUGAAAUCGUGGCUCCCUCUCAGAUCACCACCAACCCCAGUACUUCUAGCGAUGGUGGCAUCUUAACUCCUUCUCAAAGCACCGCCACCACCAGAGCUUUCAGCCCUGUCGACGUCAACAAGAGCGAUGAUCCCAAACGAGACGAGUUUACCUUUAGUGACUCUAACGGCCGUUCAAAAGCCAAAAAGCCAGCCCCCAGUACUGGGAGUUCGUCCAAAAACCCCGAUGUUGCUACCGACUACGACUCCGAUACGAAUAGCGAACCUAUAAAUAAUGGCCACAGAUGCCAUCAUCCAGUUUCGACAGACGAAGUACCACCACGCCAGGACCCUCAUCAGGCUGCGACCGAUCUGAUCUCGCAAAUUAGUCGUUCAGGCCUAAAAUGGGGGGCGGUGGGCCGUUCCGGUUAUAUUGAGUUCGAUAUCAACAAGGCGCCUAUCCCAAAACUUGUCCCGGUCAGUCCUGAUACGGAGAAUCCAAGCAGACCAGAUGCACAAUCCAAGAGCAAUCGUUUUACCCCAUCAACGACUCGUAAGCCUCUCCCUCAGCCUCUGGCAACUGAUGGCCUGUCUAUUCGGCGUGAUAAGCCUUAUUGGACCGAGUUUGGUUUGCAUUGGCCCCCCAGUGAUGGGCCACUCUACAUGCCCCCUUUAGACCCCAAUGACCCUUAUAAAGUACCGGAUACACCGCUAGAAGUAAACUGGACUCCUCUUUGA